GAGAGAGAGAGAGAGAGACAAAGAGAGGUGGCAUCAGCAUGGUACACAAUGAGUUGGUUGGCUGUUAAUUUCAAUAAAUUCAGCCACCUAAAGUUAGGGAACCGGUUUCCAAGUGAAGAAAGUCACUCUUGUAUUUAUUUAUAGUAACGAGAUAGAACCUACCACCCUCUCUCCCUUCAUAGCCCCAAAUUUUAACCACCCAAGCCAGCUUUAAAAGAAUCUCUAGUUGUUGUUGGAGAAGAUCAAAGGAAUCAAAUGGGCGGUGGGUGCAGAGUGGCGGUAGCCCUUGUGGCUUUAGUCCUGGCGAUGGCAGCAAGCUGCGGAGAGUGCGGUUCUCCGGCGGCAGCUCCGUCGCCGGCGGAGAACGUGUGCUUCACGGCAUUGCUAAACAUGUCAGACUGCCUGUCAUAUGUGGAAGAUGGGAGCAAUGAAACGAAGCCAGACAAAGGGUGCUGUCCUGAGCUGGCAGGGCUGAUUGAUAGCAACCCGAUCUGCCUGUGUGAGCUGCUUGGGAAUCCUGACGCCGUUGGAAUCAAGAUUGAUCUCAACAGAGCUCUUAAGCUUCCUUCUGUUUGCCGUCUCACCACUCCCCCUGUUAGCACCUGCUCAGCUGUGGGAGUCCCUGUGUCCUUGCCUCCAAGUAAAUCUGCAUCACCAAGUUUGGCACCAAAAGGAUCAACCGCUAAUUCUUCAAGUGGAGUUGCUCCUAGUCCCGGUAAUGCAAGUCCAUCUUCAAAUGAAGCUGCUGCAAGCAGCCCUUCAGGAAAUAAAGAUAAUGCUAAUGGAGCUCCAACCAUUCAAGCCUCUGUCCUCACUUUCAUUUUUGGCUUCAUUGUCUCUGUCUCCAUGUUCUUUUAGUUCUCCAUUCUCAAUGUCAUUUAGUUUUAUAGAUAUUCAAUUUCUUGAUUGUUUCUAUGUGGUCGACUGCUUUUUCUUUGAAGCUUUUAUUGUAAUUUAAUGCAUUCUUCCAAAUUAAAUACUACUAUUAUUAUGAAUAACAAUAGCGAAUAACUCAAAUUAUUGAAUUUUUCAUUGUGUAAAGAAGAAGAGAAAACAUACAAAUAAAGCACAGUACU